AUGCUUCUGUUUACUCUACGAAGAGCCAUGUCAUUUACAACCAGAAUAUUAAAAGUCAGACCCGAAAGCAUACAGUUUGUGAAUGAUAAACCUCAGAUCUCCGACAAUGAAACCUUGAUAAACUUAGAAAUUGCUGCCAAAGAACUUACAACUACACAUAAUGCCAUAGGGUUCCCAACAGAAACGGUGUAUGGACUUGCUGGGUCUGCAUUAUCUGAUGAAUCAGUCAAAUCUAUAUACAAAGCUAAAAACAGACCGGCAGAUAACCCUUUGAUUGUACAUAUAUCAUCGAUCGAACAAUUAAAACGCAAAUUGAUCAAUUAUGAAAUACCACAAGUCUACCUUGAUUUAAUUUCCCAUUUUUGGCCUGGUCCGUUAACCAUUCUCUUGCCCAUAACCAAAGAUAGUCCGAUAUCAAAAUUGGUAACUGCCAACCAAGAUACGUUUGCGGUGAGAAUGCCAAAUCACCCAGUUGCACGAGCCUUGAUUGCAAUGAGUGAUACACCAAUUGCUGCCCCUUCAGCUAAUGCAUCAACCAGACCUAGUCCGACAUUGGCAGAGCAUGUUUACCACGAUCUAAAUGGUAAAAUACCUUUGAUUUUGGAUGGUGGCGCAUGCAAUGUAGGUGUUGAAAGUACGGUUAUUGACGGGUUAGUUGACCCACCAAUGCUAUUGCGACCAGGAGGUGUUUCAUUAGAGGACAUUAAACGCGUCGGUGGCAAACUAUGGGAAAACAUUGUUGUGGCGAAAAAGACAGCAGGAAAAUUAGAGCCAGUAAAGACACCAGGGAUGAAAUAUCGACAUUAUUCACCAACAGCAAAAGUGGUACUAUUUGUCAAUUGUGGAGAUGGUAUAAAUGCCAUUGAAAAUUAUUUGACCAACAAUAAAGUAGAUGCCAGUACCACCAAGAUAGCGUUGUUGAAAUCGAAACACUUUGGCGAGGAUCACCCACACUUUAUUAUUAAAAGACUAGGCACUACAGGGAAUGAGAUAUCUCAUAAUUUGUUUAAAUACUUGAGAGAAGUGGAUGAAGAGGACAAGGUGGAAUUGAUAUUUGUCGAAGGGAUAGACGAAACAAACGAAGGACUAGCGGUCAUGAAUCGAUUAAGCAAAGCUGCUAUGGAAGUAGUUAAUGGAGGGGAGGCAUAG